AUGUCUACCCAGCAGCAUAAGUUCCACCCCAUUUACAAAUUCAGCUCUCCUCAACAGGUUAUCCUGGUAUCCGCUGAGAAUUUACAUUUUGCCGUAUUUAGAGAAACUCUCCUAUCUAGUCAAAUCUUCGCAACUGCACUCAACAUUCCUCAACCCCAUGCUGAUCUCUCCACGUCGAAUAAUGAAUUCGAUGAACAUUAUCGAGACGCUCUUGCCAAAGCCAUCUACAUAGAAGCAAGCGAAGAAGUUUUAGAAAUGUUCAUUUCUAUCCUCAGCUCUGCGCAACCCAUAGGUCCGAUCAGCAAUUUGGAAGACACAUUUGCGCUUAUCGAGCUAUGCGAGAAAUACGAGAUAUCAGAAGGUGUUAUUGGUGUGUUGAAGGAUAGACUGCAAAGUCUGAUGGACGCAUCACCUUGGAAAUGGUUGGAAUUGGCUUCGAAUUUAGAUGAUAGACAAAUGGGUGGAAAGGCGUUGGAGAAAAUGGGUAAAGAUUGCUUUCUUAAUGGCGACAGAGGUGGGAAUCCGAAUGUGACACUCUGGGAUAGGUUAUCCAACCUGAAUCCAACAUGGGUGGUACCCGUCAUGUCAAUGGCCUUCAGUCUACCGGGAGAUGCCAAGAUCUCAGCUUCAUCGUCCAUAUACCAUGGCAAAUACCAGGACAAGAAUGUGCAGGCUCUGAAGAUUGCCGAGAAAUGGAAUGAACGUUGUAGACGAUUCGGACGAGGGGAAAUCUGA